AUGCCCCCAAACUAUCCAAGCAGCCUUUCCUCUGCCAGGAAGAAUGCUGGUCUGCUGAGUUCAGGAUCAUCAUUUGGCCCCCGGGAAGCAGAUGGUGUUUCAGAGAGUGAAAAGCAAGAUCCACUCGAUGGUCCACAUGAUCCAAAAAUUUCAUCCGAGAAAAAGGAGAGUUCAAAUUCCAAGUGUUCUGCAUCAGAGACUGAUACAAAACGUGCUAAACAGCAAUUUGCUCAGCGCUCCAGGGUCCGAAAACUUCAGGUGUUGAAUGAAUUGCCAAAAUUGUCUGAUGUCAUAACUAUAUUUUGUACUCCACAGGCAGAAGGAUCUGAAGUUUCAGCUGAGCUCGAAUUUGUCAAUCUGCCAAAUCUUAUUCUAAGCAUGGAGAACAAAGCUCUUAAGCAACGGUUAGAAAAUUUGGCCCAGGAGCAGCUUAUCAAAUACUGUAAGCUCUAA